ACCACCACGACGGCACGCAAGAGCACACCGCGCGCGCACCAAGCAUGGUGAAGAAGCCGUAUCCCUUCCACAAGCCCUUCAGCCCCAUCCGCCGCCUCCUCCGGCGAACCCUCUCCGGCCGGCACCACCGCCGCUCGAGCACGGCAAAAGGUGCGGCCGUACCGCCAACGGAGAAGCUACAGGGCCAGACGGUGAUAGUCGACGUGGAGGCCUGGCUCCUGAUGUCGCGGCUAUCCACCUUCCCUUACUUCAUGCUCGUGGCCGUCGAGGCCGGCGGCUUCCUCCGCGGCCUCCUUCUCCUGCUCACCUAUCCUCUCAUGUGCCUCUUCGGCCAUGACAUGCGCCUCAAGGCCAUGGUCAUGGUGUCCUUCUUCGGGCUGCGUGAGAAGGAGGUCCUUAGGGUUAGCAAGGCCGUCCUGCCAAAGCUCUUCUUGGAAGACGUGGCCAGCCAGGGGCUCGAGGCGGUGAAGAAGGCGAGGACGGUGGUGGCGGUGAGCACGGUCUUCCCGAGGGUGAUGGUCGAGGGGUUCUUGAAGGAGUACCUUGGUGUAGACACUGUAGUUGGAAGGGAGGUCAUGGUGGUCGCCGGGCGUUACAUCGGAGUUAUCGCAGAUGAUGCGGUGGCCGCAGAGGAGAUGAUGAACAAGGGCAAGCAUGACGAAGGGGUUGGGCUUGUCGGAGUUGGCGGCAAGAUGCACCAUUUAUUUUCCCGUAAUUGCAAGGAAACCUAUGCUGUGAGCGAGGCCGACAAGGCGGCAUGGCAGGCACUGCCGAGGGACAAGUACCCCAAGCCCCUCGUCUUCCACGACGGCCGCCUCGCCUUCGCGCCGACGUUCUCCGCCGCGAUCGCCAUGUACACGUACAUCCCCUUCGGCAUCUUCCUGGCCAUCGUCCGCAGCAUGGCAUACAGCCUCCUCCCCUACCGCGUCUCCGUCCCCAUCGGGGCCCUCACCGGCAUGCGCUCCCGCAUCAUCGCCGGACCGCCCGCCGACGCCAUGGACGAAAACAAAGCCGGCGGCCGCCUCUACGUGUGCAACCACCGCACCCUCCUAGACCCGAUCACCGUCGCGGCUGGGCUCCGCAAGCCCGUCACCGCGGUCACCUACAGCGUGAGCCCCGUCUCCGAGCUGAUGGCGCCCAUCCGCACGGCGCGGCUCACCCGGGACCGGGACGAGGACCGGCGGCGCAUGGCGGGCCUGCUGGCGCGCGGAAACCUUGUGGUGUGCCCCGAGGGGACCACCUGCCGGGAGCCCUACCUGCUCCGCUUCAGCCCCUUGUUCGCCGAGCUCGCCGCGGAGGUCACCCCCGUCGCGCUCGAGACGCGCGUCGACAUGUUCUACGGUACGUCCACCAAGCCGGCGUCCAAAGUGCUCGACCCGCUCUACUUCAUGAUGAACCCGCGGCCCGAGUACCGCGUCGAGUUCCUGGAGCCGGUCGACACCACGACCAUGGCCGACGGCGAGGAGGACGGCCACGGCCGCGACAAAAGCCACAGCAUCCACGUGGCCAACCGGGUGCAGCGUGUGCUGGGCGAGGCGCUUGCCUUCGAGCUCACCGAGCAGACGAGGAGAGACAAAUACAUGAUGCUGGCCGGGAACGAAGGCAUCGUCAAAGUGAAGGCCAACAAGUAGCUAGGUGUGCACCUAAUUUUUUUAUGCAUGCAUCUGUUAUCAUGUGAUGUACGAGUAAUUCUUUAUUACUUUGAUUUCUUUUCACCAGUAUUUGUAAAUGGACUUAUUGUUGGCCUGGGUGUAUGAACAUCUACCUAUACUCUAUGUCUCUAUGUUUUUCACUUGAUAUAUGUCUGAAAAUUCAUGUACAUACUGAAAAAAGGACUAAAGAGAGCAGAUUUGAAAAA